ACAGAUUUUAAAAAGAACCUGUCAAACAGAUUUUAACGAACCUGUUACUCUUGGCAACGGCUAUGAUUUCCACAUACCAGAGCGCUUAUGGCAGUUUGGACCAUUGGGCUACAUCCAAAGAGGAUCAAAUGCGACGCAGCCGGCCUUCUCAGUCUCAGCGGCAGAGGCGAUCGACGAGCCAACCAGUUGGUCAAGCAAGUGCCAAGUUCAACCCAAUGUGGCUUCGCAAUUCGUUCAAUCCAUUCAUUGCGCGGGAGCUGCCCAGGGGGAAGUUCUCCAGCUUUCCCACCAACAUCACCAGGGGCUUGCAAAACAAGAAGUCACUGAGACAAGCAGAUGCGGUUGCAAUGGAGUCCUGCAGAGCGAGCGAACGAGGAGCUUUAGGCAGAGUUUUCUCCUUCUCCCUGAAUAAGCGCCAGAGAUUUGUUUUUUUCAGUCUACCUUUUGCAAAUCUGGUCACGAAGUCAGAAAGUGCCUGCCAACACGUUGAGACAGCAGAAACCAAACUAUUUAAGUUGCGGCGCUUGUUUUUCCAGCUGGAACGUUUUUGAUAUUCUGAGUUAUUGCUCAAUUUCAAUAAGCCUAAGUUAUUGGGCCAAAUCACUCGAGCUAGUGAUUUUGAUGCGGCCAGCCUCGACAAAAUUGGCUGCACUAUGCCAAGAAACUCAAUCUCCAGCAUUAUGAAGAAGGGCCCACUGAUGAC